AUGGCGGCGAGGAUAGUGGCGGCUUUGGCUUGUACGGUGGUGAUACUACGGCUGAGUGAAGCGGCGGUGUACAAAGUCGGCGACUCAGCAGGCUGGACAACCAUAGCCAACGUAGACUACAAGCUAUGGGCAUCUACCAAAACUUUCCACAUUGGUGAUACAGUCAUGUUUGAAUACAACCCACAAUUCCACAACGUGAUGAGAGUCACGCACCCGAUGUACAGAAGCUGCAACACCUCAAAGCCAAUCUCCACAUUCACCACCGGUAACGACUCUAUCACACUCACCAACUACGGUCACCACUUCUUCUUCUGCGGGGUUCCCGGCCACUGCCUCGCCGGUCAGAAGCUCGACCUCAACGUCCUUCGCCCUGCCUCCUCCACGCCGCUCUCUGAUGCACCAACCUCUUCACCUUCUCCGUCAACUACUACUAUUCCUUCAGCCGGAGUCCCUGGUCCUUCUCCGAGCCACGCCGCUUCCCUCCCAAGUGCAGCGGCCACCGUGGUGGCUCUCCUUGUCUCUUUGGUCUUUGCCAAUUUUGCUUCUUAA